GUGAACGACAAUGUGAAAAGAUCCGAUCAAAAGAAAGAUUCGUUCACGAAUGAACCAUCGCUAAUAUGCAAAGCCAGGGGGUCUGUAUCAGACUCGGAGCCGAUGCAAACGGUUUAGUCAACACAGCUUCACGGCUCGCUUUGAGCUUCACGGCUCAGUCGAGAUUAUUUCCCUUCUGGUAACCGACGUAGAAAGUAUCUACAUGCUGUUUUCGACGAAAGGCGACAAGUCCAACUAAGAAAAGGAAAUGGCCUGGUUCCACCAUGCGUUACAAGGCUCGGGCCAGCCGGAUGCAUCCAUGAUACCCUCUGCAGUGGAAGAUCUGUCCCAUUCUCAGGUCUCCAAGCACACCAUUACACAGUUAGGGAUGUCUGAUGGACAGGGUUGGUCAACUCUUCCCCCAGUUUCCAUCACAGACUUUCCACCUGUUUCAGGAGGCAUUGUUCCCCAACGUCUGGACGCACUGUCCUGCACAUCCCUCAGUGUGGGCUCCAGAGAAGACUCUGUGUUGCUGUCUUUCGUGACGCUGCAGGAGCAACGAUGUGUAAUAAGUUGGUUUUUAGGAUGGAACGCUGUCCAGAAGCAACGCUUUCUGGAAGAUCUGAUUUCAAAGGCUGUGCCUGGAAAGGUGUCCAGUUUAUUAGACCAACUCAACACACUGCAGGUGAAUGAUCGCCCACCUAAUAUUUUUGAAUGCCAGUUAAGGCUGUGGACUCAGUGGUUUGAAUCAUGGAGUGAAGAGGAGAGAAAUGCCUUUUUGAACAGCUUAGAGGAGAAGGAUCCAGCCUUUGUUGCAUUCUUCUAUAACCGAGUUGCUGGAACAGCAGGCAGAGAUUGAGGAAGUUCGUACAACGUUUUUUUUUUUUUUCACUCUUCAAAAUGAAACCGAAACCAAGUCCUGAAGUAGACUGUUCUACUGUUUAAAAGAGUUUUGAACAGCAUUGUUUGUUAUGCAUGUGACUAGUUUUCAAGCACUGUUGACCCCGUUUAGAUGCAAAAAAUCUUGUUAUAAAGUUUUUUUUUUC